AUGGAGGCCGAACGGCCAGAGACCGCUGACUGGCUCAACAAAUUCCUCAGCACCCUAUGGCCUAUGAUCAAUCCCUCCCUGUUCACCUCCCUCUGUGACAUGAUCGAGGACUCCAUCCAGGCGUCCAUGCCCAGCGCCAUCAAGGGAGUGCGCAUCGCGGACCUGCAGCAGGGGAGCGUGCCCCUGCGCCUCCUCGGCAUGCGUGCGCUCGACACGCAGGAGGAGGGCGACUACGUGAACCUCGAGGUCGGCGUCGCGUACCGCGCACGCGCGACGAGCGGCUCGCUCAAGUCGAAGGCGCAGAACCUGCACAUGCUCAUGCAGUUUUGGCUUCCGAUGGGCAUCGUUGUGCCCGUCUGGGUCGAUGUGACGGGCAUUCUGGCGACAGCGCGCGUGCGGCUGCUCGUCACGCCGGACCCGCCGUUCCUUGCGGAGAUGGUCUUGACGCUGUUGGGACAGCCGAAGGUGACAGUGUCGUGUACGCCGUUGGCCAAGAACUUCUUUGAUGUCAUGGACGUUCCCGGUCUCAGCAAGCUGCUCUCGGACGCAAUCAAUAGCGUUGCGGAGAUGUAUGUGGCGCCGAGGAGCUUGACGCUGGACCUGAAGACGCUGCUGAGCGGGCGGGAGAAGAUGGACACGGACGCGGUGGGCGUGCUCAUUGUGACGGUCAAGCGGGCGCACGGCUUCCAGAAUGGCGACAAGGUCAAGUUCUGGCAGAGGCAAGGCGACCAGAAGGGGGAUCUGUAUGUCACUCUUUCGUGGUCGAAGUGGGGCAAGCCAUUAUGGUCGACGAGGAUCAUUGAGGACGAGACGAACCCUGUCUGGGAAGAGACGACGAUGGUCCUUGUUGGCAACACCGACAUAAACGCGGAAGAGAGAAUCAAGUUGGCACUUGUCGACUCAGACCGCUUCACCGCCGACGACUACCUCGGCAUCGUCGAGGCACCCGUCAAGGAGCUCAUGUCCUCAGACGAGACCGUCAACCGCAUGAGCAGCCGCGACGACGCCUUCCACGACUCGCACGGCGUCGAGCUCUUCGGCCGCCUCCAAUGGGAAGUCGGCUGGUUCGCCAAGACCACCUUCGAGCAGUCCAUCGCGCACAGCGGGAAGGACGCCGUCGCGCUCGAGCGCGAGAUCAAGGAGAAGGCGAUCAAGUGCAUCAAGCGCACGCGGCAGCGCGACGGUACGCCGGACCCGGAGCAGGCGGAGAUGGACCACCAGGUGAAGCUGGCGCUGAAGGAUAAUAUUGAGGAGAUCAUCGCGGCGACGAGCCCGCCGGAGGAGUUCCCGAGUGGGAUUUUGUCGUUCAAUAUUGAGCAGAUUAUUGGGUUGGAGAUUCCGGAUACGAGGAAGGGGCAUCCGGGUGAGGGGGCUGAGGAGGAGGAGAGUGAUAAUCUGCCGUCGGGAUACUGCACGGUGAUGCUCAACCAUGAGCGCAUCUACAAGACGAGGACGAAGCUGAAGAGCAACAAGCCCUACUUCAAUGCUGGCACUGAGCGCUUCAUCCGCGACUGGCGGACAGCGCAGCUGCUCAUCUGCGUCCGCGACUCGCGCAACCACGAAGUCGACCCGAUCAUCGGCGUCGUCUCCUUGCCCCUGCGCAAGAUUUUCCACAGCCGCUCACAAGUCACCGACAUCUACCCCCUCGUCGGCGGCAUCGGGCAUGGCCGCAUGCGCGUUCAAAUGGUGUUCCGCUCCGUGCAGGUCCAGCUGCCUCGCGAGCUGUCCGGCUGGGACGUCGGUACGCUCGACAUCGACUGGCACGUCCGCGCUGACGCGCACUUCCCGCCCGACCUUACGACCUCGCGCGUCAUCCUGCGCACGCCGUACGGGUCUGCGAAGCUCACGCCGCGCCACGAGGGCGGCUGGGAGCACCGCGGGCAGCGCCCGGUACGGCUGCCGGUGCGCAAGCGGUACGCGUCGUGCCUGCUCGUGCAGUUCCGCAAGCACUCGAUCGGGCCGGACCAGACGGUCGCGGUAUCGUCGCUGUGGCUGAAGGACCUGAUCGACGGCGAGGAGCGCGAGGUGGAGCUGCCGGUGUGGAAGCAAGAGGAGGAUGAGUUCCAUAAAGCUAGGCAGAACGCCAAGAACGCGGACGAGGAGCCGAUUGGGGAGCGCGUCGGGACCAUCUUCAUGAAGCUCCGCUUUUGGCCUGGCUUGAGUGGGUAUCACGAGAAGCUGGCGGGGAAGGAUACGGGGAUGGACGAUGUGAUGCAGGCGCUGGACUGCGCGGAGGGUGAGCGGGAAGAGGGCGAGGAGCUUGAAGCGGAGACCGGCGACUCCUCGUCUUCGUCGAUGAGUGACGAUGAUAACGAGGUGGAGCAGAAGGCCGGCGAGGCGGCGGACAAGGGGAAGGCGACGCUGAAGGACGCGCGCGACCGGCAGAGCCAGCUGAAUCGCCGGCACCGGGGGCUGAUGCAGUGGAGCGGGAUGCGGAAGAUGCACUGGGUGGGGCACAACAUCGAGGACAAGUUUGAUACGGCGGGCCAGAAGAUCAAGGGCGCGUUCAAGCACAAUCCGAUGGAGGGCCAGGUCGAGCAUGAAGUAUGA